GCUAACUUUUUCCCUCGACUCACUUCAACCCUCCAACCCAAUUGCCACAGGUUUCCCCACAAUGCCGUCUACAGCUCUUAAACGCCGAUGGACUGAGGAGGGAAUGCGAGGCAAAAUUCGGAAACCGCAGAAGAAGAUCAAGAGACAGCGACACUAUUACAGCUCGAGCGACGACGAGGAAGGCGCCGCCGACGCUCCAAAGGAUGUUGGGCCCGUGAGCUUUGAUGGCAGUGAUGAAGAGGCAAGGAGACUUGCACAGCCGUUGGAAAAGUCCUCGGCGAAUGCGACGGAGAUAGGGACGAAGAAACCCUCUAGACAUGUUCCGAAGGACGAAGCGGGAGCACUAAGUGAGGACAGUGCAGAUGAAGACGAGCAGGAGGAAGACCAAGUUGAGGACUCAGAUACAGACGUGUCGGAAGCGUCAGAAGGUUCAGAGGUAUCGGAAACGUCGACAACCAAUCAGCGUAAAAUUCGGAAACGAAAUGACCCGGAAGCAUUCGCGACUUCCAUAUCCAAAAUACUAGGCACCAAAUUGACCACACAAAAACGCGCCGAGCCGAUUCUCUCGCGAUCUAAGUCCGCCCAAGAAACGAACAAGACGCUGUCGGACCACAAGUUAACGGUCAAGGCGCACCGAACGCUGCUCGCCGACAAGAAGGCUGCACAGGAAAAGGGACGAGUCAGGGAUGUGCUGGGCCUGGACAAGGCAGAGGUCAGCACGGCAGAGAUUGUGGCGGAAGAGAAGCGGUUGCGUAGGACUGCACAGAAAGGUGUCAUAAAGCUGUUCAAUGCGGUACGAGCCGCGCAGGUCAAAGCAGAGCAAGCGGAGAAGGAUGCGCGACAGAAGGGCGUGGUGGGAAUGGCCAAGAGGGAAGAGGCUGUCAAGGAGAUGAGUAAGCAAGGCUUCUUGGAUAUGAUUACGGGCGGCGGGAAGCAAGAAGGGAGCGUGGAGGCAUGAUCUGUAGCCCUAGUUUGUUCCAAGGCCUUGUUCGAAAGCAGUGCCACCGGAUCAAGGUGAUCAAAAGUCAUGGUGCCAAUGCAUACAUACAUAGCACAUAGAUCUACUUAUAUGACACCCAAAACUGUUUUUGCGCCGACCCACACCUCCGUGGAGAUUGUCCCAUAUCA